AUGUGGCCGCGCCUGCUGGCUGUCCUGCCCCCCCUGACCUCUCGGGGCUGGUUUGGGGGGGUGUACCUCCGGCUGGCCGCAGAGCUCCGAGGCCCCGAGGGCCUGCCAGUGCCGGGCUCAGCGGCUUCAACGGCGCAGUCACCUCCUUCCUUCCCAGCAGCCAAACAGGACCGGGGCGGCCCCUGCCCCGCUCCCGCCCUAGCCCUGGAGGCCCUCCCACCACGGGGGCAGGACGCACCGCCCACCACCCGGAGGCCAGCUGGCCAGGCAGCUGCGGAGCAGGCCGUGCUGAGGGCAGCAGAGCGAGCUGCGAACCCAGAGGCCCUGCUAAGCCUGCACGCGGGGCAGGUCCAGCACCAAUCCAGGCAGUCGGCAGAGGCUGGGCCUCCGCGGGGAACGUCGCCCCUGGUGGCCACAUGUGAGUAUGACACGCCGGGACAGCGGGACCCAGAGACUGGGGACGUAGCCCCGGGACAGGGCCCGUCCCCCAAACGGGACCCACACCCGGGCAGGGAGGUGGACGCCCCCCGGGACCGACGGCCCGGCUCUGCCUGGUUCUCCCGCUGUCCUCCACACGGACACGCCCCUGGCAGUCUCCUGAGUACUGUCGGCUGCCUGAGUGCUGUGUGA